CGGAUGUCCGGCGGAUGCGACGAGUCUGCAUGCCUGGGAGAACGCGGCCCAGUCACAGGCGCGCGCCAUCGCGGUGGAGUCGCGCGUGUCUGCGCUCAGAGCAGUGGCUAGCCUCGAGGGCGACAGACACAUCAGGACAUCUACGCUAUGGAAGCCUGCUGUGGAGCGCGAGUUCGACCCGCGGCCCAGACAGGCGGUGGCUAUCUGGCGCGAUCGUGGCGACGGCGCUACGGCCAGGUGGAAGCUGCCGUUUGCCUUUCUGCUACCUUCUGGGGCCUCCGGCGCCACUGGGAUCUACGCGAGGCCCGAGAGGACUUCGAGGGCUCUUGGCUCGCGGGCUCCGCGUUCACUUUCGGCGUCGGAUGCGACGGAGGCGAGCGGCAGCUCCUGCCCCGCCUCGAGGGCCACGUUCGCGGUCGACGAGUCGCUCGAGGACUUCGAGGUGCAGGUCUGGAUUGCAGAGCGGGCCCAGGACAGCGACGAUGGGGAUUCUCCGCUCUCGGCGGCAGCUACUGGGGGCACAUCCUACAGGGAGAAACAGGCCAUGCACCGCGACGUUUCCCGACGCGAGAUCUCGUCGCGAGGCGAGGAGACCCGCGGCGACGAGAAUCGCGGCAUUGGCGAGCUUGUGGUCGCGGCCUCGGGCGCCUACGACGUCAGCGUCAUCUGGCGGGGCGCGUUGCCCGCUGCCUGGCGGGGCGGCCGGGCUGGUCGCGAGCGCGAGCUCCGCGCGCUGCCGCUCCGCGACCCGAUGGCAGAGGCCGCGGGUGCCCUUCCCCUCCAGCUCUGCCGCGUCAAGGGGGGGAACGGCCCGCCCCGGUGGAAGCGCCGCGUUAGCAAGGUCAUGGGCGGCCAGCCGGGGUUCGAGGCGCGCAGCAAGAUGGCGUUCUUCGAGAACGACAAGCAUUGGGGCCCCAUGCAGGGCCAGCGUCGCUCGAAACUCGCGUGUGUCAUCGGUUUCCGCGCGCGGGGCCGCUCGAAGCUGUCGCGCUCCCCGCGCAAGACGCGCGCUGACUUUUUGGCGGGCGCGUCGCUGCUCCAGUCGGGCUGCCCGACGCUGGCGGGCCCCAGGAUUCUGGCCCAGUUGCUCGGGUUCUCGGGUGCUCGCAAGACGGUUGACACUGGCAUCAUCGAUGUGCGCGUCGGCAUCGACGAGGGCGUCUUCGUUGCUGGCCACGACAGACGCGCGGCCAAUGCCGAAGGCGUGUUCGUUUGCAAACAGUUGCUCAAUCGGCCGGCUCGAGGCGCGAUCGUGGAGUGCCGCAGUGUGAGAAUCCCGCGCGUUGUGAGGAGCUCUUUAGCUGGCGAGGCACGCGCGGCCGCGGCCGCCAUCGACGCGGGCUUCUUCGCUGCAGCCGUGUUCGGCGCUAUCAUCCACCAGACCGACGCGUCGCGCGAGACGCCAGGCUUCCCCUUCAAGCUCAGAUACGGACUGCAA